UGGAGAGCUGGCCCUUUCUGGUCAUGUGGGCUCCCCUGAACUUCACACUCCUUUGGUCCAAACUCUUCCUUUCUGCAUCGCUUGCUUUUGCCGCCGUUUUCUUUUUCCUCACCUUCUUUCCCUUUUCCCAGAAAAGGAAGGAGCUGCCAGCUAAGAAAAAGAUGCAGCCACAAGAAAGAAAUGAGCACACGUACAGCCUGGGGACCGGGAAGGCCAUCGCCGUGCUGACCUCGGGAGGAGAUGCCCAGGGCAUGAAUGCAGCUGUCCGGGCCGUGGUCCGAGUGGGCAUCUACACAGGCGCCAAGGUCUACUUUGUUCAUGAGGGUUACCAGGGGCUGGUCGAUGGAGGUAACAACAUCAAGGAGGCCACAUGGGAGAGCGUGUCAAUGAUGCUGCAGCUGGGUGGCACCGUGAUCGGGAGUGCCCGGUGCCAGGAUUUCCGCACACGCGAAGGCCGCCUCAAAGCUGCUCGCAACCUGGUGAAGAGAGGCGUCACCAACCUGUGCGUCAUCGGUGGCGACGGCAGCCUCACUGGAGCUGACACCUUCCGGGCCGAGUGGAGCGGCUUGCUGGCAGACUUGGUGAAGACAGGUGGCAUCACGGCGGACGAGGCGAAGAAGUCCGGUUUCCUAAACAUUGUGGGCAUGGUCGGGUCCAUCGACAAUGACUUCUGCGGCACUGAUAUGACCAUCGGCACUGACUCUGCCCUGCACCGCAUCAUGGAGAUCGUGGAUGCCAUCACUACCACAGCUCAGAGCCACCAGCGGACAUUCGUGCUAGAAGUGAUGGGCCGGCACUGCGGCUACCUGGCUCUGGUGACCUCUCUGGCCUGCGGCGCUGACUGGGUGUUCAUCCCUGAGUCUCCCCCUGAGGAUGACUGGGAGGAACACUUGUGCAGGAGGCUCACUGAGACCAGAGGCCGGGGAUCACGGCUGAACAUCAUUAUUGUGGCUGAAGGUGCCAUCGACAAGCAUGGGAAGGCCAUCACUUCAGAGGACAUCAAGAGUCUGGUGGUGAAGCGCCUGGGCUACGACACGAGAGUCACCAUCCUCGGGCACGUGCAGCGUGGCGGGACACCCUCCGCCUUCGACCGCAUCCUGGGGAGCCGGAUGGGGGUAGAAGCUGUCAUGGCCUUGCUGGAGGGGACUCCCGACAGCCCAGCGUGCGUUGUCAGCCUGUCCGGCAACCAGGCUGUCCGCCUGCCGCUCAUGGAGUGCGUCCAGGUGACCAAAGACGUCACGACCGCGAUGAAAGAGGGCCGGUUCGAUGAUGCCGUCAAGCUGAGGGGAAGGAGUUUCCAGAACAACUGGAACGUGUACAAGCUGCUGGCCCAUGUGCGCCCACCCUCCACCAAGAGCGGUUAUAACUUGGCUGUGCUGAAUGUCGGUGCCCCAGCUGCUGGCAUGAAUGCGGCUGUGAGAUCGACCGUCAGGAUUGGGAUCAUCCACGGGCACAGGAUGCUGGCGGUGUAUGACGGGUUCGAGGGGCUCGCGGAAGGAAAGGUGGAGGAGAUCGGAUGGGCAGGCGUCGGCGGCUGGACUGGGCUGGGCGGAUCAAAGCUAGGGACAAAAAGGACCCUGCCUAAGAAAUACUUUGAGCAGAUCAGUGCAACCAUCAGUGAUUUCAGCAUCCAUGGGCUGAUCAUCAUCGGGGGCUUUGAGGCUUUCACCGGGAGCCUGGAGAUGAUCGAUGGCCGGGCCAAGUUCGAGGAGCUGUGCAUCCCUAUCUGUGUGAUUCCAGCCACUGUGUCCAACAACGUCCCUGGCUCCGACUUCAGUAUUGGUGCGGACACUGCCCUCAACACCAUUACCAUGACCUGUGAUCGGAUCAAGCAAUCUGCAGCCGGCACCAAGCGGCGGGUCUUUAUCAUCGAGACCAUGGGAGGUUACUGUGGCUACCUGGCCACCAUGGCUGGCCUGGCCGCUGGCGCUGAUGCAGCUUAUAUCUAUGAAGAUCCCUUCACUAUCCGGGACUUGCAGAUCAACGUGGAGCACUUGACUGAGAAGAUGAAGACCACGGUCAAGAGAGGCCUGGUGUUGAGGAACGAGAAGUGCAACGACAACUACACCACGGAUUUCAUCUUCAACUUGUACUCGGAGGAAGGCAAGGGCAUCUUUGACUGCAGGAAGAAUGUGCUGGGACACAUGCAGCAGGGCGGGACCCCAACACCCUUUGACAGGAACUUUGGCACUAAAAUGGGCACGAAGGCCGUGGCCUGGAUCACUGGGAAGAUCAAGGAGUGCUCCCGGCAUGGGCGCAUCUUUGCAAACACCGCGGAUUCAGCCUGUCUCCUGGGCAUGCGCCGACGGAGCCUUGUCUUCCAGCCGCUCGCUGAACUCAAAGAGCAGACAGACUUUGACCAUCGCCUCCCCAAAGAGCAGUGGUGGCUCAAGCUUCGUCCCAUCUUGAAGAUCCUGGCCAAAUACAAGAUUGACUUGGAUACCUCAGAGAAAGCUCACUUGGAACACAUCACGCGCAAGAGAGUAUCCAUGGAGUCCAACAUCUAAGCAGGCUGAGGGGAAGCUACACAGCAGGAACACCUGGAGAUCUUGCAUUUUGUUUUUCUUUCAUUGCUUCAGGGACCUCUGAAAUAAAUUCUUGCUCACUUCCCCACCUCUGCAGGCAACAGCCUUGCUUAUAGGUAGGAGACUGCCACAACCACGUGUGCGAAGGGAAACAACGGAGACAGCAUCACACCCCAGUAGAUACAGAUGCCUGGAUUUAUUGGUUCUAGAGCAAUUGUGAGACCGUUCCUGGUGCUGAUUUAUAGCUUCUCCUGCAUGAUUGAAAUGGAUGUCAGGCUUUUAUUUUUAUAUAUCCAAGUUAAUCUUUCUAAAACACUACAAGUAAUUUGUUUUACUGUUCUGAAAACACACCGUGUUUCUCAACUGCCUCCUGUUACAGCUGGAGUCUGAAGUGACACAAAAAUAAAUGCUACAGGUAGAA